CCAAAAAAAUAAAAUAAUUAUCAUGUCUUUACUAAAUUAGUUUUACAUAUUUUUUUUAAAAACAUAUUUCUUAAAAAACAUUACCAAAAAAAUAAAUUUUAUUAAUAUUUGAUUCAUUCAAAAAACGAGAAGAAAACGAAGGGGAGGACAAAUGAACGUUAUAAUUGAAGGCAAUGGGGGCUCAGGGAAGUCGACUCUUCUUAAUUAUUUCCGGGAUCUUCCAGAUGUAUCGUGUCACCCAGAACCUGUCAAAAAAUGGACAAACUUUUAUGGGAAUAAUAUGUUGGAUAUAUAUUACCGGAAUCAAAAGCGUUGGUCGUUCCCAUUUCAAUUCAUAGUGCAAAAAUCUUUCAUGGAUCUUUUGGAUGACGAAGAUUCACCUAUCGCUUCGAUCAAGAUAUAUGAACGUUUCCUAUAUUCCACUUUCAACGUUUUUUCCAAAACUAUGCACGAAAAAGAUUUUAUGAACGACAUCGAAUACAUGAUACUAAAGGAAUUUUACGAGCUUCACUGCAAACUUUUGUCUGGGAAAUUCGAUUUAAUCGUAUAUUUAAGAUUAGAUCCAGAGAUUUGUUAUCAAAGAAUGCUGAAACGCGCGAGACCCGAAGAAAAAAGUGUCAAUAAAGAAUUUAUAAAAGAUUUACACAAAUAUUACGAGGAAUGGCUGUAUCAGAGAACAGUUUCAGAGGACAUUCCAAUAUUGAUUGUCGAUGCCAAUAUCAGCAAAAAACAGAUGCAAAUUCUUGCUCAAAAACUUUACUCUCAAUGGGUUCAAAAAUAAUUUAUACAAUUAACACUAUAUUUUAUCUAUACUAGAAAUCGGCAAUAUAGUUUAAAAUAUUAUAUUUUAAUAUGUUGGAUAUAAUACGCAAUUUAUUUAUUUUUUUAUUCUCUCGUUGUAUAACAGUAUUUUAGAUUUAUAUUAA